AUGCUCCGCGCGCCCGCCUCUCCCACAUCCAACAACGCCGCCGCGCCUGACCCUCGCGACGCCACUCGCCGCCCUCCUUCCAGAUCGCUCGUCGCCGCGUCACGCGCCACGCCGCGAGGCCGCGACACCGACGAUCGCAGCUACUGCCGGGGCAGGGAGCCGCUACGACCGCCGCACCUCGCGCGCCCUGCGCUUUCCACCUCGCGCCAGCUUGCGCCCAUUCGACCGCGUGCCCCACGCGCACGAUGGCAGCGCAGCUUGGUAGCGGUGCUGUCCUUAACGGGGAUCGCGCUCGCUCUGGCUCCGUUGGCGGGUGGCGGGCGAUGGCGGCGGGCGGUCUCCUAUCCAUGGCGUCUCCCCGUGCUGCGACGAGCCGGCGACGACGCCAUGCGACACACCAUCUGGCCCAGCGACGGGGACCUGCGACUAUCCGGCGACAGAGACGGCCGCUUUGCGGGUGGGUGGGGAGGAGGGGGGAACAUGGGCCAAGGGCUGGCGCCACAGGGGGAUGCGGAGAGCGCGGGGAAUGGGAGUUGGGGUUGGCGCAACUGGAAGGGUGUGGGGGAGGGUGAGAUGGGCGGGGGGCUGAGUGAAUCGCGGAGGAGGGAGGCGCUGCAGGGACAGGAGUGGGGCAGCAGAGGGGCGAGGCUGAGAGCAAGGGCUGCGGGGGAGCAGAGCCAGCGAGGUGUGGGCGGUGGGGGCGUGAGGGAGCAGCGGGUAGAGGUUUCAAGGGGCGAGCAGGGCGGCGAGGGGGCGAGCACGGGGGCAGCGGGGAGCAGUGGUGGCGGAGGCGGGCAGCAGUACGGCGUGCAAGCAAUGCAGCGGGAGGCGUGGUGGACGGCCCACUCAACGUGUGCGUGCUCUCUCCCACACACACGCAUUAACUUCCUUACUGCUCCCUCUCUCCCUCUCUCAUACUCGCCCUCCCUUCACUUUCCCCCCUGCAAUUCCAUCUCUCUCCCAUCCCCAUCCCUCUCCCAUUUCCAUCCCUUCCCAUCCCCAUCCCUCUCCCAUUUCCAUCCCUCUCCCAUCCCCAUCCCUCUCCCAUCCCCAUCCCUCUCCCAUCCCCAUCCCUCUCCCAUCCCCAUCCCUCUCCCAUCCCCAUCCCUCUCCCAUCCCCAUCUCUCUCCCAUCCCCAUCCCUCUCCCAUCCCCAUCUCUCCCCCAUCCCCAUCUCUCUCCCAUCCCCAUCCCUCCCCCAUCCCCAUCUCUCUCCCAUCCCCAUCCCUCUCCCAUCCCCAUCCCUCUCCCAUCCCCAUCCCUCUCCCAUCCCCAUCCCUCUCCCAUCCCCAUCCCUCUCCCAUCCCCAUCCCUCCCCCAUCCCCAUCUCUCUCCCAUCCCCAUCCCUCACUGCACCCCCCUCCCCAACCGCAUCAGAGCGCGUGUGCCCCCCACGGCGCACCUCUCAGUGGCGGACCUCACACUGCCAGACAGGCGGUGGCUGCUGGUGCUGCCGAGGCACGGCGUGGGUAACACACUGCGAGGGUGGGUGUCCGCCGUGCCCUACGCCGUGCUGUCAGGCCGCACGCUCGUGCGCGCCCACGCCGCGCAGCACAGCCGCGUGCUGGACGCGCUCUGCCUCGCCUUCCACUGCGCCUUCCCCGCGCUGCAAGGCCCGCUCUCGCUCGCUGCCACUGCAGGGCAGGGCGGCAGGGGGGGGAGUGAGGGCGAGAGGGAGAGGGAGGCAGAGGAGGUGAUGGGGGCAGUGAGGGCGCUGGACCCCAUGUUCUUCCUUGAGAUCUCCGACACGCCCCAUGCGGUGGCAGAGACAGUGCCAUCGGACUACCCCCUACUGGCCACACGCGCCGGCACCUUCUUUGAUGCCUUCUGGGAGCGCUCGCCCCCGCUGCGCGCCUGUGUCUUGGCCGCCUUCCACUGCGCCUCCCUCCACUGUGUGCGCUCCAAAGCCCUCUUCUCCCUCCUCGGCGCCGGCCCCUCCCCCGCCCUGCUGCUCGCCGCCCGCUCUGUGCUGCACGGCCCAGCCGGCAGUGGGGGGAAGGAGGUGCGCCGUGCAGGCGCAGGGGACGAGGGGAAGUCUGGGGGGGUAGGGAGGAAGGGUGGUGAGAGGGCAGGUGCAGGGCACAUGGCGGGACGACAGACGCAAAAGGGGCAGACGACAGGUGGGGCGGCCCCUGGGCAGCCCACAGCACGGCAUCUCCUGGGCGUGGCGGGUGAGGUUGCAAGAAAGGAAGGGGCGAGGGGUGUAGGGGCGGCACUGCAAGGGGAGGUGACGGGGGAGGGGGCGGUGUGGUUUGACGUGGCGGUGCAUGUGCGCACUCGCACUCUGGCCGUGGAGAAGGCAGUCAAGCCCGGCAGCACCGACACACAAUGGCAGGGGUGCACCGAUGCAGGCGCCCACCCCUCCACCUCGCCCUUCCUGCAGGACUGCCUGUGGCGCUGCGUGCUCUCCACCAUCGCCCUCCUCGCUGCCAACUCCACCACCAGCACCAGCACCAGCACCAGCAGCAGUGUCCAUGCGGACUCGCAAUCACUAUACUUGGCAGGAGCACGAGGAGGGAGGAGGGUGGCGGUGUUUGUGGCGACAGACAAUGAGGAGCUGCGGCCUGCGUUUGUGGAGCGCCUGCAGCGCAUGGGGGGGGUACAGGUGUACUGGUCCGCAGCAGCUGUGCGCCACACGUCCAAGGCGGGUGCUGAUGGGCAGGCGGGGCAGGGGGGGCUGCAUGGGCUGGCGGACUGGUGGUUGCUGUCACGCGCCUCUGCUGUGCUGCAGGUGGCGCAUGCUAGCUCCUUUGCUUACUUCGCUGCUCUCUUUGCCAAUAGCACUCUUGCUUCGAUUUCCACGCUAAAUGACCACUGUGAUGUGCAUUACGAGCAUAUAGCAGAACCUGUUACAUGA